CCAAACAUUUUAGGGUUUUUUCUUAGCCGCAAGCUCCUAGAUAUUGUCUACCAGAAAAACCCUAGGCGCGAGAGAUUGUGCUGCACGGAUUGCCAAAUCCCAUCCCCUGUCUCUCGAAAAUGGUUUCUUUCAGGUUUCACCAGUACCAGGUUGUUGGAAGAGGGCUCCCAACUGAGUCAGAUGAACACCCAAAGAUUUUCAGGAUGAAGUUGUGGGCAACAAAUGAGGUUCGGGCCAAGUCUAAGUUCUGGUACUUUUUGAGGAAGCUAAAGAAGGUCAAGAAGAGCAACGGGCAAGUCCUUGCUAUCAAUGAGAUUUUUGAGAAAAACCCUACCAAGAUCAAGAACUAUGGAAUCUGGCUGCGAUAUCAGAGUCGAACUGGUUAUCACAACAUGUACAAGGAAUACAGGGACACCACUCUGAAUGGGGCCGUAGAACAAAUGUACACUGAGAUGGGUUCCCGACAUAGGGUCAGGUUUCCUUGCAUUCAAAUUAUCAAGACGGCCACCAUCCCAGCCAACCUGUGCAAGAGGGAUAGCACCAAGCAGUUCCACAACUCCAAGAUCAAGUUCCCGUUGGUGUUCAGGAAGGUGAGACCACCAAGCAGGAAGCUGAAGACCACAUACAAGGCUUCAAGGCCUAACCUAUUUACAUGAUUCUCUAUCACCAGCAGUUAGUAAGUUAGCAAGAGGUAAAAUUGUGCUGUUUCUAAAUUUUGUUUCCAGAAUUACUGCAUAUUUUGUUUGAAAGAUCUUGGAACACCAGACUGCAGCUUGUCAGGAAUUUGAUAUCCCUGUUUUGUUUACAUUUUAAGUUUAUGGGACAUGGUAAUUUCUUUAUGACCAAGGAACUAAGUUGAAGUUUAUUCGACUCAUGUUCUUUUGGUACGUGUUUGUGUACUUUUUAGAGCCUUUCGAACUGAGAUGAGAUUUUAAGGCUAAUUAUUGUUUGAUUGUGUUGAUGUUUA